GUCAAUUGUUCACUGAAAUCAGCAGGUGUUUCGAAGUUUUUAUAAGUGCACGUUAGAAUGAAAAAUGAUUUCUUGAUAUUUCGCAGCUUCCACAUUUGAGGAAGAUAGAAAAUGUUCGUGGAAGACAUUAAAAAUGAUUUCUACAACGUUCUUCUAGGCAAUCGGGUCCUCUUAAUCGUUCAUUAUGAUGUGGAUGCAGUGUGUGCGUGUAAAAUACUUCAGGAUUUGUUUAAAUGCGACAAUAUAUCUUACACCUUGGUGCCAGUGGGGGGCAUAUCGGAGUUGAAAACGGCCUACGAAGAGAACAAUGAAGAAAUAAAAUACGUUGUGCUUGUGAACUGUGGCGGGACCAUAGAUCUAGUCGAUAUAUUGCAACCCGAAGAGGAUGUAGUCUUCUUUGUUUUAGACUCUCACAAGCCCACAGACAUUUGUAAUGUGUACAGUGAUGGUCAGGUGCGAUUAGUUUAUAAGGAUGAUGAGGAAAACAUUCCAAAUUUUGAUGAUAUAUUUAGAGAUGAUGAUGAAGAAGAAGAGGAGAAUGAUGAUGAAUUACAAGGAGCAGAUAGACUUGAGGCUGUGGUUGAACGUCGUAGAGCUCGGAAAGCAUGGGAGGAACGACGGCAUACACUCAUGUUCAAUUAUACACAGUUUUCAUAUUAUGGAAAGCCAAGUGCAUGUGUAGCGCUGGAGCUAGCAGUGCGGGUGUCCCGCUGCAGCGCUGCAGUGCUGUGGUGUGGUGCUGUUGGAUGCACUGCACACGCAGCGCUGUACUUGCGACCGCCUGCGAGGUGCUUGCUGGAUGCUGAACCGCUGCAGCGCUGUCUUGCCCAUAGUACUUCGGCGCACGUGGUGGUAGCGAAGGACGCAUGGCUGCCGCUCUACCGCUGGUGGUCAGUGGAAGGUGCGUUACGUCACGCGGCUGGCUUGGCCCCGCGGCUUCGCUUGCAUAACAGCUCCGGGGCCACUAGGUUGAGACAGCUGCUUGCUGAUAUGGGGUUCCCCCUCCAGCAGGCGCGUCAGUCCUACCGCUCGAUGGACGUGGAGCUGCGGCGCGGGCUGCUCGGCGCGCUGGAGGCGGCGGCGCCCAAGCACAAGCUGAGCGCGCCGACCCGCCCCGCCUUCCUCCUGCAGCGCCCGCACGCGCACCCGCUGGCCGCGCUGGAUACGGUGUACGCGUGCAUGGCGCUCAUUGAACACGACACAAUACCACGAGCAGAAGGGUUCCAAAGAGCUCUUGCAGCCCUUGAAGUGUGCGGUGAGAACGAGGCCCUCAAACUUGGUGUAACAUCAGCUCGCAGAAGUCUAGAAGCAGUGGCUCGAUUAGCCCAGGGCGUCCUUUCGUCGAGAGGACUUCUGUUGGCUGGACCGUUUAAUUACUUUAUAGUGCAAGAGGGAACCACAGAAUCCACCUCCGUCCGUGGUCCCCUCUGGCUAGGGGAGGCAGCUCGCUGGGUGGCCUCCGCUACAGGUGGCUCUAGGCCAUUGCUGGCCAGCUCGCCGCUAGCUAACGGCCAGUGUUUGUUACUCGGUGUACCGCCUAGAUAUGACCAAGAGCCGCGCAAUUUAUUUGGUGCAGCUUUCGAGCAAGCAGCACAAAAAAGUGGAGCGAGCGUGAUACUAGAUUAUGUGGAUACUUCAGUUAUAGUGCUGCCUACUUCACAAAGAACGCAAUUCCUAGAUGCCCUGACAGCUCUACUGGCCUAAACCCACCAUAUAAGUAAAAUAAGUAGGAAUCAAUAUCAGUACAUAUCAAAUAAAAAAUAAAUAUUUUUCUGUUAGAUUUUAUGUAUAAUUCAUUGCAGAUGAGAACUGUGUCAAAUAAAUACACAGAUUUUGCAAAAGAAAUGAUAUUAUAUCAGUAUUUUUGUAUCGGUGAAAAUCUAUUAAAUAGGGAUAAUACAGACAGACAGACAGACAGACAAUUUUCGUAAUUAUAACAAACACUAUUUGAUUUGUACUAUUUUUAUUAGAAAUUUUAUGAAAUAAGCUGUAACAUCACACUUUUCUAUAUGGUAACAUAAUUCUCUAUUUCAUAACCAAUGCAUUUGUAUACAAUAACAUUAUGAAAGCUCAGCUAUCGUAGAGAUUUGUAAGAUCUUUUGAAUUUUAUGUAAUUGAUUUAUGAUUUUAAUCUUGAAUAUUAUAAUUAUUUUAAUUGUUAGAAUUUAAUGUAAAUCCAGUGACUUGUAAAUAAAUGUGUGCGAUCUUAUAAUGUCAGAAUGAUUGUUGAUUAAAUAUAAGCAAGUACAAUUAAAUGUUAUUUAUUUUUAAAUGAUUAUCGUGUAAGAGAAAUAAAGGAAUUUACUAA